AGAAUCAAUCCCCUCUCUAUUUUACUCUCUCCGCUACUCUCUUCUUCCUCAACAAACCUCAACAUUAGUGCUCUCUUCUCUCUCUCUCUCUCUCUCUCAAACUACAUUGAAGAAGUUGAUUAAAGAAGCAAAUUAAAGAUGGGUAUGGUAGUGGUGAUUUCACUGCCUUUCAUUCUCUUCUGCAUACUACUUGGUUUUGGUUGUUACUUUCUGGGAAGAGCUAAAGGAAGACAGGAUGUGAAGACCAAUGCUCAGAUUUAUGGUAUACCCACUCCACCACCAGGAACUGAUGCAGCUUUUUCUUACCCCUCACCCCCACAAAACCAUUUCAAGCCACCAGCUCCAGCAGCUGACAACUCUGCCAAUGUUUGAUUUGAUCAUCAUAUAUAUGCAGACAUUGAGUGUUUCUAUGCUAUUGAAUUGAAAAAGUAUGUGAUCUUUAAAUUUGAAACUUGAUGUUAUAUUAUCUAUAGACUGUAUGGAUGUGUAAUUUAA